GGAGACGAAAAUAAGCGCGCGAUCGAGACGAACCUCAGUAUGUCAAGGGCUGUAUACAGUACUAACGUGUUAACAAGCUUGUUUCUUAUGUUAUUAUAAGUGGAAAAAUCAAUGUUCCUUUAAUUGGUAGUGAAAAAAAAAACUAGUUUGAAUUUAGAACGCAAAAGAUUACACCAUCAUGCCGGAAGCGCAGAACAUGGUUCAAGAUAACCCUAAAAUUCUAUCUGGAAGAGUGUUAUCCAACUCUCCCAACGCCGUCCUUUCGAAGACCCUUCUGAACCGGUAUUACGACCUACCGAUUCCGGCCGACAAAAUCCUAGCGACGUACGUCUGGGUAGACGGCAGCGGGGAACAUGUGCGCUGCAAGGACAGGACCCUGAACUUCAUACCUAAGUCACCUAAAGAACUGCCUGUAUGGAACUUCGACGGCAGCUCGACUGGCCAAGCUGACAGGACCAACUCCGACGUGUUUCUCAAACCCCAGACCAUUUAUAAGGACCCGUUCCGGCGAGGCAACCACGUGCUGGUCAUGUGCGAUACUUACAAAUCCAAUAUGGAGCCUACAGAUACCAACCACCGAAUAAAAUGCCAAGAAGCUUACGACAAAUGCAAAGAUCAGGAACCAUGGUUCGGGAUAGAACAGGAAUAUAUCCUGCUGGAUUCAGACUUGCGCCCGUUCGGCUGGCCCCCGGGCGGAUAUCCCCCACCGCAAGGGCCUUACUACUGCGGCGUAGGGGCGAAUAAGGUCUUCGCUAGGGACCUUGUGGAGGCACAUUACAAAUGUUGUUUGUACGCCGGGGUGCCUAUAUCGGGAACCAACGCAGAGGCAAUGCCUUCGCAAUGGGAGUUCCAAGUCGGGCCCUCGGUUGGGGUUGCGGCAGGAGAUGACCUCUGGAUGGCGCGGUUCAUCCUCCACCGCCUCGCUGAGGAGUUUGGAGUCAUCGUGUCCUUUGACCCUAAGCCUGUCAGCGACUGGAACGGAUCUGGUGCUCACCAUAACUUCUCUACUAAGAAGAUGAGGGAACCUAAUGGUAUUAUUGAAAUAGAGCGCGCUAUAGAGAAGCUGUCGCGUGUGCACAUGAGGCACAUCAAAGUGUACGACCCGCGCGGCGGCAAGGACAAUGAGCGGCGACUCACUGGACUGCACGAGACUGCCAGCAUCAAUGACUUCACAGCAGGUGUAGCGAGUCGCGGCAGCAGUAUUCGAAUACCGCGAAUAGUAUCCGAAAAUAAGUGCGGAUAUCUGGAAGACCGCCGGCCGGCAUCGAACUGCGAUCCCUACGCCGUCACUGAUGCACUUAUGCGCACGUGUAUACUCGACGAAUAAAUUCCAAAUCACAGCCAUGGAAAACUAGAGAUAAUCAUAAAAAUAGUUUAUUUUUUUAAAUUGGUAAUUGUGCUGUCAUCUAUGGUAUUAUAUACCAAACAUAACAUCUAAUAAAUAAAAUAACAGCUCACAUUUCGCGCAAUGUGACUUCGAAUCAGUUGAUUUGCUUUUUUAUGUCCUUACUUGAAUAUUUUACCGUUGUACCUACAGUGCAUAACAGAUGGCGCAAUUCGUUUCGGAUCAGGGGCGUAGCUUACUAUAAAGAGGCCCUAUAUACAAAUUCCCCCAACAAAUUCAGGAGAGUGCGAAAUCUGGGCGCCCGUUUUAAUGUAGAUAUGGACCAAGAAGGCUCGGAACCCCGUACAAUGGGACGACUGAUAUAGCGAUAGUUGCGCCCACAGUAUCGCAUAAUACCCGACAACGCAUACACUCACCUAAUGAAAAUAUCCGACAUAAUAUUUGCAUCAUUGUAUUUGUAUACAUCAUAUAAAUGUGAAACGAAAUCUAUCGAAAACUGUUAGAUAUAUAUACUUCUCUAGUUCUCAUGGCGUGUACUAGUUAGUAUCAUUGUUACUGUUAAGCAAAUUUAGAUUUAUUGCAAAA